AUGCGUGCGCUGGCGUAUCCGGCGGCACCUUCUAACCUUACGGUUGAAGAAUCCCGCGCUCUCAUGUGGUUAAACAAACAAGAUAACAUCGUUAUUAAGCCGGCCGAUAAGGGAGGGAAUGUGGUCCUGAUGCCCAGGGAGUACUAUUUAGAAGAAGCGCAGAGACAAUUAGGAGAUAGUACCGUGUAUAUCAAGCUCAGGGGAGACCCCAUACCGGAGAUCUCGUCUAAGCUUUUUACACUUGUGAAUCAGUACAUAUCGAUCGGAUUUCUAUCCAGGGGCAUGAAAGAUCGACUUAUCCCUGCCUUCCCUAAAGUCCCUGUAUGGUACUUUGUGCCAAAAAUUCACAAAUCACUGACCCGACCUCCUGGACGUCCCAUCAUCGCCGGGAUCGGGUCAGUGACUGAGCCCUUAUCCGGUUAUAUCGAUUGGCUCCUCAGACUGCUGCUAGCUAGCACCCCGACGUACCUAAAGGACACAGGCAGCGGUAAACCCCGCCCAGCAGCCGCCAGUCAUCCGCACCACAUCCGGGUCAGCCGCGCAGAGGACGAGGAUGCUGUGGGCUGCCUUGUAUGGGGGGCGCUGCGCGGGACGCUGUGUCUGGGGAGGGCACGGACGUGUGUCUUCUCCCUGUCCCUGCGGAGCAGAGCGCCGCCCGGGCGUCAGGUUUCUGUACCUGAUGUGAAGUCUGUUCGUUUCGUCAGCACGUCCUCCACUCCAGUAAACCAUGAGGAGGACAGACUGGUUUACAUUGGAAACCUGGGAACGGCAGUGCUUGGGGUGAAGUUCUUCUCCUACUCUACCAGCGUGGUCAGCUUAAUUAUUCUGCCAAUGAUCUUUGCAAAGUCUGGCAUCGGAGUAGACAGUCUUCCAUUGAAGAUUGCUUUCUUCAGCAUAGUUGGAUUCUUCACCUUCAUUACUCCUGUUACUUUGCAUUUGUUGACCAAGGGCUAUGUGGUUCGCCUAUAUCACAACAAGAAGAGAGACCUUUAUACUGCAAUCACUUACAAUGCAUUUCUUAGAGAGAAAAGGACGGAGUUUUCCCCAGAAGAUGUUGAAGUACCUGGAGUGAGCCAGAUGUUCACCACAUUUUAUGCAAAGAAGAAAUCCAUGCUGAUAAAUCCAAUGUUAUUUCCCAAUUCCAAUGAUUAUCAGCACCUUAUGGGCUAUGAUAAACCCUUCACUUUUAAUUUAGAAGACCUAAAUCCUCCCUCUAAGGAAAAAUAAACCUUGUGUUUGUAAAGGUG